UGGUCGAUUGGUCAGGUCUGAGCGAGGUUCCCAGAGGGCUGCGCAUUGUCGGCUCGUCGGCGCUGUCAUGGCGGGUGUGCUGAAGAAGACUACUGGCCUUGUGGGAUUAGCUGUAUGUGAGACUCCACACGAGAGGCUAAGAAUAUUGUAUACAAAGAUUCUUGAUGUUCUUGAGCAAAUCCCUAAAAAUGCAGCGUAUAGAAAGUAUACAGAACAGAUUACAAAUGAGAAGCUGGCUAUGGUUAAAGCGGAACCAGAUGUUAAAAAAUUAGAAGACCAACUUCAGGGUGGCCAAAUAGAAGAGGUGAUUCUUCAGGCUGAAAGUGAACUAAGUCUGGCAAGAAAAAUGAUGCAGUGGAAACCAUGGGAGCCAUUAGUGGAAGAGCCUCCCGCCAAUCAGUGGAAAUGGCCAAUAUAAUCAUCACUAAAUGACUUUAGCGGGUCGAUGGGAUAUUGAUACAAUUAAAUGUUGUGUUAUAUUUAAAAUGUGUCUAAAUUAUUGAGAUUAUCAAGAAACUGAUACAGAACAUAUUUAAGAGACUUGUUAAAAAUAGUGAUUAUGGGUAAUAAGGUCUCAUGAAUCAGUUUUUGAUUUGUGAAGUCACACAGAUUAUUUCAAAGAUGAUAUUUUUUUGAACAGAGAAGUUGUGGGAAGACUUGAAAAUUACUUAGAAAAAUUCCUAUAGAUCUUCAGUGCAGAUCUAUAGAUUGCACUGUCAUUUAAUUUCUUUUACUAUCCUGAAAAAGAGAAAAGGCACUUAAUUAUUAUUGUCCAAACAAGUUUAUAGGUCACUGUUUGAAGUAAAGUAGUAAGAGUGAGUAUUUUCAAAUGUGAUAAAAUAGCAAAAGUAGCUGGUGCUAAUAUUUGAAAUUAUGGUUAACCUCCUUGGCUGUGAUCUUAUGUAUAUAAAGUAAAAUUUAAAUAUAUAAUUAUAUACUGAUUACUGAAUCCAUAAUAAAUAUCAUUUUAAUUUAGGCUUUAUUUGAAUUACUUAUUCCAUUUACUUGGUUUUAUAUAGUCUUAAUUUUAUCAGUUGUUACCCUAUUUUUGAAAAUUAUCAAAUUUAUCGUACAGUUGAAGAAAUUGGUACUGGAAAGAAAGAUUUCUUAUUGUACAGAGGUAGUUGGAAAAGCUUUUCCUUUUGUCUCAUUUAAGGAAGUUAGCUUUCUAGCCUUUAGUAUUUAAUUUUCUUGAUCAACCCAACUAUAUCAGGGUAGAGGUAGAAUUUCUGUGAAAGAAGAGACAUUAAGAGUUCCUGAAGUUUAUCUGGCACAUGUCUAGGCUUAUAUUCAAAACGUCUUAGUUAUAUAAGUUCAAAGUGGAAUCACUGAGUAGUUUUAACAAAGCUUCUGAGCAUAGGUGGGUAUCAAAACAAGCAAAUACUACUCAAGGAAAAAACUUGACUGAGCUUAAAGUUAAACAAAGUUACUGUUCAUGUGUUCUCACAUUUUCUUACUAGCACCCCAACAUUUCUAAAUACCCAGUUAAAUUUAAGUUUGUAUCACUUUCCUUCAUAGAUAGUACUUUUGUGGGUAUGCAUGCAUGCACUGGUGCCUAUGCAUAUAUGUGUAUAUUUUGUUAUCUUUUGUGGCAAUCCAAAAUCUUAAAGAAUGAGAGAGAAAACUGCAUUUUUCCUUUUUUCCAGUAUAUUUCUCCCCUUAGAGAGCUGUGACAUUAAUGCCAAAUAAAUAUUCAGUAAGGUGGAUUGAGUUACUUAGUAGAGGUUAGAGUGCAAAAAAGCUCUUUCUGGUGGGGAAGUGGGAAAAGUGCUGGAAAGUCAGAAGUUCAGGGAUUCUCGUUCCCAUGGUUCUAGUGUCAUCACAACUCAGUAACUAAAUUGAGGCAAGUUGUCAAGCUCUCAGAAUUACCUAUUUCCAACUAUGUAAAAGAAGUAGAAUUUAUGAUUUAUAACAAAACUUUUAGCUCUAAACAUAUACUUAAAUAUAUAAUACACUAUUGAGGCCCAGAUAUCUGAUCCUAAAAUAUGUUUGCAUGGGUGCUUUCAAGCUAAUUUCCUAACCAACUAUUUAUUUAUGUCCUUUGGACGCAUAAAAACAGAUGACUUGGUGUGCCUUUGUUAUACUUUCAGUCCCAAUUCUCCCAUGAUCCUUGGGCAUUUUUUAUAUUUCACCAACAGUGUUCCUGAAGCCUUGGGAUUAAAAGGGGAUCUUACUGGUGUUUGCAUUAGAAAUGCAAGUUGUAGAGUAGUUGUCUUGUAUAAAUAAUAUAAUAAUAAUGGUUAAUGUUUGUUGAGACUUAAUGUGAAUACUAGGCACUGUUGUAAAUACUUGACUAAUUUCACUCAUUAAAUCUGCACUGCAACCCUAAGAGUGAGAUACUGCAAGUUAUCUUCAUUUUUCAGAUAAGGAAACCAGAUCCAGUGUGAAAAUUUUCCCCUGCAGUUGUGCAACAUGAUACUCUGGAGGAACUAAAGCAAAGGGAUGGUUUAAUAACAUUCAAGGUCACAUAACUAGUAAGAUGUGGAGCUACAUUUUGGACAUAGGCAGUCUGGCUCUAGAGCUCAUGCUCCUACUAUAUUAUUCUUUAUGAAUAUACCUGGGAAGCUAUCACUCCUGCCUGAACUGUAUGGGCUGUACCAAAUGAACCUAGAUCCUACUUUCUUGACUUUUUCUGUUGAAAUACCUGUAAAGAACAGAUAUGAGGAGAAGUAGUAAACUAAAUUUCAAUUUGCAAAGAUCUUCAUAUUGCCCACAGGCAGAUACUGUUAAUGGGGUAGGUGUCUAAAAAGUAUUGCAAUUUGGUCCAUCGUAGUUUCUGCCAUUCCAACUGUCUACAUAGUCUUAUACCUGAUUGGUUUUUACUCCUUUCAUCUUUUUCCAGUUUCCUAUAAAUUUCCAGAUUGAGCAUCCUGAUCACUUUGGAAAUGAUUUGCUAUUAAAAGAUGUUCAGUGUUUUGAGUGCCUUCUAGACCAAUUUGAGUAGUUUUCAGAAUGGCCCAUUUCAUUUCUCCCCACAGAUUUCAUUCAAGUUAAUCACCAUACUCCGGAUACUUCAAAACAAAGGGAAGCUAAUCAAUGCUAACAAAGAAGAAAAUGGCAGCAAAGUUGAUGUCCCCUUUCUCCCACGCCUACACUUAGUGCAGAAGAUUCCAAUAUCUGGACAUUCUUUCCUUUGGGAUGAAAAUGCGUAUACUGAGGAUAAUCAUAUAAUUUAUCAUUCAACCUGGAAUGAUUCUGAGGAUAAGAGAAAGUAUUAUUAUAAUAACUUCAUAAGGAUAAUGUAUGUCCUGGGCAAACGGGACAUAUGGCACCCUAUUGCAGUAAGGCUCAGGUCUCAGGGUUGCCAGGAGGAACAAAGUAGUCUGUCAUCUGAGUAGAAUGAAAGUGAUACCAACAGUAACGGUCAUCAUGUGCAGUUGGGCCUCAGGUUUCAUUGCAUCCCUUCACUCUGCAACAUUCUCCACUCGCCCUGCCUUUCGCUCAGAACUAGAUGGAAGAAAGGGAGUUUAGCUUUCAUUGUAUAUUUUUCUAAUCCUAAAGUGCUGUCAGAGGAGUGAAGCUAAUUAAGCCAACAACAGUAAUUAUGAAUAUAUCUCUUUUCAAAGGGAGAAAAUCAACUAUGUAUACAUAGGAAAAUUCCCACAUAUAGGCUAAUAUCAGCUUUUUCUUUCUCCUCCCAGCUGCCAUGGUUAUAUAAACAAGUUAACACCUGCACAAGUGUGUUCAGGAGUAUUGAGUUAAAUACCAAAUUGCUGAACAUGUCAUGAGUAUUUUGCAUUUGCUGAGUGCUGUCUUUCCAUUACAAUUCAGUAUUCAAUGAGAUUGUAGCCUAUGCUACAAUAAUAGUUUAGUAAUGCUAAUUUUUUGAGAAAAAAGUAAAUGAGAAGAUGUGCCACAGAUAAGUUGAGCUUGCCAUGCAUUGCUAAUUUCAAAGUGAUGUUUAGGUUUAUAUUAGCAGCUAAUUUUUUAGGGUAUGCCUAAAUGUAAUUUAUGAUAUUAAUAGAUUAGUUCCUAUAUGUGACUGGAAAUAAAAAGCAUUGCAAAGA